AUGGGCAGAGGGUCAAACCACUGGAAUGCAUGCAAGGAGCUCAUGGCGAAAUGGCCCCACACCAAGCAUGUGCUGUGCGCCACGCACGUGCGCGACCUCCUCAUGGAGGACGUGGGGCAGAUGCCGUGGGUGAGGGGCAUUGUGGAGCGAGAAGUAGAUCUCAUCUGUUUCAUCCGCAACCACCACUUCACCCGCGGGUACCCGAGGAGUAGGGCGGUGCAGGGCGGGAAGGGGAAGCAGGGGCUGAAGCCGGCGGGCACCAGGUUUGGCACACUGUACAUACCCAACUCACAGCUGUGCGAGGAUCCCGAGAAGGACGGGGGUGGGGAAGGGGGUGAUGAUGAAGACGACGAGUUGGAAGGGUUGGAGCCAGAGGAGGUGGAUGAGGGGGUGGGAGAGGGUGGAGGGGUAGAGGUAGAGGCGGCCUCACAGCACGUGGCGGAAGGAGGUGAGAGUGUGGGUGUUAAGGUCCAGUUACCUGGCGAGACGUUUCCUAGAGGGGGGUACGUGGGUGUGCCGGAUGGAUACGCUGAGGCUUGGCCGCACGCCAAGAGCUGGCCCAAUGUCCCCCAGAAGAAAGGGAAGGCAAGGCGAGGGGAGCAGGGGUCUGGAGGGAUCGAGCGCUUCAUGACGACCAAGCUGUCUCAGGCGCACCUUCGGCAGGCGAUCGCCAAGCUGGUGGUCACCUGCGACCUUCCCUUCCGCAUUGUCGAGUCCGAGGCGUUUCGAGAGCUGUUGGUUAUCCUCAACACCAACUGCGCAAAGAAAAACUUCAUCCCAUUGCGCUGGACGGUGUUACGCGACACAGUGGUGUUUGCUGAGGCUGCCCUCCAGGCCGCCGUUGCAGAGCUGAUGGCGAAGGAGGGGGAGUUGGGAUGCAAGAUGUCAUUCACCAUUGACAUGUGGACGGCACCCAACGGCAAGGCAUGGCUUGUAGUGACGAGUCACUGGAUCGACAAGACCUUUCAGCUGCACACAGCCGUGCUAGAAUUCCGCGAGAUGCUUGGGCGUCAUACUGGCGAGGAGAUGGCGCAGGUGGUGGAGGAGAUGAUGGUGCAGUGGAGGUUGCAGGGGUGCUGUCUUGGUCUCGCGACCGACAACGCCUCUAGCAACAUUGCAGCAUUCAGGAGGGCCAGUUUUCGCUUGGGGAGCGUCUUCAAUGGGCAGGAAAUUGGGUGGGACGAUGCAAUCGCGACGAGGAGGCGUGAAGAGGUGCGGGAAUGGGAGUCUCAAGGACCUGGCCCAGUGACGGAGGAGCAAGGAACACGAGGAAAGGAGAAGGACCCGGAUUGGAGGCCGGCUCCGGGGGAGGCGGCCGGCACGAGUGGAGGAUCGGGUGAUGAGGGUUGGGGAGGGAGAGGAGGGGGCCAGGCUGGUGGCAGUGGCGCGCGUGGCAGCGGUGCAGCAGCAAAGAGGCCACGCACGAGUGGGCCUGUGGGGUCGGGAGCUGGAGGGGCCGGGCCGGCGUCGAAUUCGCAGCCGCAGGGGGCAGCCGCGGGUGGUUCUGAGGGGUCGGGCGCAGCAGGGGCAGGUACCUCCGCCACUGCGGCAGGUGGUGCACCUUUGGGUGGGUCUGCGGGGGCUGGAGCAAGCCAGAGGUCCGACAGGGCGGGCAGGACCCCUACCGACGAGGAGCUGGACCCAUGGACUGAGGAGGUGCUUAGGAAUGCAGAACCCGGGCUGGUUCGUGGCAUGUUCAGUGAGAAGGAUGUGAAAGAGGCUAGGAAUUGCAAGAUUUGCAAGAAGAAGAUUAGCUGGAAAGGUAGUUGCACGAGCACGGGGAAGAGACACCUCAAGAGGAGCCACUACCCCAGUCUGCAGAUCUGGUGUCGGCGUUUCAAGGAUCCAAACAAGCCAGACAACCUGACGUUUCCCGAUGGGGGAUGGGGUCCGGAUGUCCCCGACCAGACAGCGUGGCCUUGGGAGCAUGCAGCCACGUGGCCCAGGAUUGUACAGACACCAGACAGCGCAGUGACUGGCGGAUCCGAGGCUGGUGGGAGUAGGCAGAUGAGCAUGGCCGCAUUCGUCACGCCGCGUGUUCAUGGCCAGCAGCUGCGCGAGGGAUUGGUGCAGCUAUUUGCGGCAGCUGACCUUCCGUUUCGACUUGUUGAGUGUCGUGAGUUCAAAGCAUUUGUCCAGAUGCUGAACCCGGGAGCUGCGCUACUGCUCGGCUCACGCCAUCGCUUGGCACGGGACAUGCAGGCAUACGGGGAGGCUGCUAGGGAGGACAUGCGGCAGCUACUGGUGGGUGAUGGCCUGGCGGGAAGGAUGUCCCUCACCUUUGACAUCUGGACCAGUGAGAACAACGUGGCCUUCAUGGGGGUGACUGCCAACUAUGUCACCAGCGAUUUCCAGCUGAAACAGGCUGUUAUAGACUUCACGGAGCUUAAGGGCUCUCAUACAAGGGACUUGAUAGCCGAUGAGCUGGAGGAGGUGUUGAGGGAGUGGGGCUUGGAGAAGAUGUUGUUCGCCGUGACGUGUGACAACGCCGAGAACAACAGCAGGGCGAUGCGUCUGCUCGCCGGGCACCCACCACUGCUCAGUCGCUGGAGGCACUUCAGGUACUAUGGGGCUGUCUCCGUAAGGGGUCCUCCGGGUUCUCGGCGACCAUCGGGUCCGUUGCGUUUGAUCGUGGACUGCCUGACGAGAUGGGGUUCUACACUCCACAUGGUGAACGGGGGCUUCGAGCUGCGCAUGCCCAUUGCCAUGUUUUUCGACGAUUCAGAUGUACGUAUGUCAUCCAUCAGCAAGGAGACUAAGAAGGCGUGGGACGCCAUCAGCUUGACGGAUGCGCACUGGGACGACCUCGCCGAGCUCCGAGACUUCCUCACCCCAUUCGAGCAAGUCACCCUCUUCGCCGAGGGUUCCCUGUACCCGACCCUCUCAGCCGUUGUACCGCAGUACAACGCGCUGAUUGAUCUGCAGGAGAAGGCACGGCUCACUCCUGGCAUCUCCCCUCUGCGCUCAUCGCUGAUCACUGCUGCUCUGAGCAAGCUGGAGUGA